CAAGGGGACCCUUUAGGAAGCGGCCGGCGCGCUGCUCUCUCCGCCUGGUCCUGCCCAGCAGCAUCUCCCCCGGUGCCACCUUAAACUCGCUGUUCGGGGGCGGAGCAACCCUUCCCCCCGCAGGCCGCCGAUUGGCCGGGGAAUGUAUCCAUUGUGGAACGUUGACGCCCGCCGCGUUCCAUCCCUAGUGUAGCCACGUUCGGUUGAGCCGGGGGCAGCCGCGGUGGCGGCAGCAGCAGCAGCAGCAGGAGCAGCAGCUGAGGAAGAAGCCGGAGCCGCGGAGAGGGGCAGGGCGAUGGGGUCGAGGCCGGGGCUGGGGCUUUGACAGCUGAAACCGGGGCGAGCGGCGCGGCGCCAGCGGCGGAGCCUGGGCGAGCCACAGCUGAGGGAAGGCGCGAGGCUUGGGAGACCGAACGGCAGCGGAGAGAUCCAGGCGGCGGCGGCUUCGGUUUCGCCUCUUUCUUGCUGCGGACCAUGUUCGCCAAAGGCAAAGGCUCGGCGGUGCCCUCGGAUGGGCAGGCUCGGGAAAAGUUAGCUUUGUAUGUGUAUGAAUACUUGCUGCAUGUAGGAGCACAGAAAUCAGCACAGACCUUUUUAUCAGAGAUCCGAUGGGAAAAAAACAUCACGCUAGGAGAACCUCCUGGGUUUUUACAUUCGUGGUGGUGUGUAUUUUGGGACCUUUACUGUGCAGCUCCAGAAAGGCGAGAUACUUGUGAACACUCGAGUGAAGCAAAAGCCUUUCAUGAUUAUAGUGCAGCUGCAGCACCAAGUCCAGUACUUGGAAACAUUCCUCCAAAUGAUGGAAUGCCAGGGGGACCCAUUCCUCCAGGUUUCUUUCAGGGACCGCCUGGCUCUCAGCCCUCGCCACACGCACAGCCUCCACCUCACAACCCCAACAGCAUGAUGGGACCCCACAGUCAGCCUUUUAUGUCACCAAGAUACGCAGGAGGUCCCCGGCCCCCAAUCAGAAUGGGAAAUCAGCCUCCAGGGGGUGUUCCUGGUACACAGCCCUUGCUGCCCAACUCAAUGGACCCCACACGACAACAAGGGCAUCCCAACAUGGGAGGGCCGAUGCAAAGGAUGAAUCCUCCACGAGGAAUGGGGCCCAUGGGUCCAGGUCCACAGACUGAUCCUUGGUUAUCAUUGCAGAACUAUGGCGGCGGAAUGAGACCUCCACCCAACUCUCUAGGGCCCGGCAUGCCUGGGAUUAACAUGGGUCCAGGAGCUGGUAGACCAUGGCCCAAUCCCAACAGCGCUAAUUCAAUUCCAUAUUCUUCUUCAUCGCCUGGUACAUACGUGGGGCCCCCUGGUGGCGGAGGUCCUCCUGGAACACCUAUCAUGCCUAGCCCCGCAGAUUCGACAAAUUCAAGUGACAACAUCUACACAAUGAUUAAUCCCGUACCGCCUGGAGGCAGUCGGUCGAAUUUCCCCAUGGGACCUGGCUCAGAUGGCCCAAUGGGAGGCAUGGGUGGGAUGGAACCGCAUCACAUGAAUGGCUCAUUAGGGUCAGGAGACAUAGAUGGACUUCCAAAAAAUUCUCCAAACAACAUAAGUGGCAUUAGCAAUCCUCCCGGCACUCCACGAGAUGAUGGUGAACUGGGAGGCAACUUCCUCCAUUCCUUCCAAAAUGACAAUUAUUCUCCCAGCAUGACGAUGAGUGUGUGAUUUCCCUCCUCCCUCACCCCGCAUCCUCUUCUCCAGGAUAAAGAAAAAGUCGGCUGCCAUUUGGAGGAUCUCAAGAAAUUAUGCAAGAAGAGAAUCUAGGUGUGUUUGGCAGGGAGACAUGCAGAGAGCCGGGGGGAGACCCACCCCUGAUUUUUAGUUUCAUGCAAUAAAAAGGCUGAACUUUUUAUUCCAUCAAACAAUGAAGGACAAAUCUUUAAAAUAUUUCAAGACAUGACAAGAUCCUUCUGCAGAAGAAGGGUUUAUUCUAUGUACAUGACACUUUUUUGUUGAUUUUUCUUUCUUUUUUUUGGAAACAAAACAAAAGCCUCUAGCACCCGAUUUCCAACCUCCUUUGCUUGAUUAUUCUUUUAAACCUGUUGUAUGUUUGUGCUGUGCUACGCAAGGAAGCUAGUCUAGAUAUGAAAUCUCAUGUUGUCUCUGUAGCCAUUUUAAAAUAAUUAAUAAAACUGGAGAGUUUGGUUUUUAUAUAUAUAUAAAUCGGUGGGUUUUGUUCGGAAGACCACUUCCUCCCUCUCCCCCCCCCCCUCCACCCCAACUUCUUUUUGUUUUGGUUGGUUUUUGUUCCCCCCCGCAUUUGAUGUUUUGCAGCACAAAACAUUCUCCAGCAAGGAAGAUCCAAGUGGAACAGAUUUCUUCUGCCUCAUUCUCAGUUGCGUAAUGCAGCUUGGCCCCCUUGUAGGAUCACAUCCUCCAAAACUUUUAAUUGUGAUCUUGGUAUCUGUGACUGUGGCAUGCACUGUAUUAGCCCCCUCCCUCCCUUGUCCUUCUCCCCAAAUUACAAAGAAAUGUUAUUAUCUCCC